UCAGCGCGGCCCGGGCCCAGCCCGGCCAGGGGUUGAUUUAGGAAGCAUAGCAGAGUGAGCGAUCCUACCUAUUUCUGCCUUCUGCCUGCUGUCCUGUGUGCUGAUUUUUGACCGACAGUCUGAAGGCUGAGUAGGCUGGAAUGGUCUGUGAUCAUGUUGGUGGUCUCCAGUUCGAUUAGCGGCUGACAGCUGUGCUGAACAGUGGUGUGUGCAAGAGGAGGAAGUAGGUAAAAGCCUGGAUCUUCUGUCAAAUAAACAAACAUGAGUCAUCUGAAGUUGUUUGUGGCUGCGGUGAAGUGGCAUGGCAUUAAACUUCUGCGAAAGCAAGAUAUAGCCAGAAGGGUGUUUUUACAUGACCAACGGUAUGUUUCAUCGGGAACAUCAGAACCGUUCCUGAGUGGGAGUAAUUCGAAUUAUGUGGAGGAAAUGUAUUAUGCGUGGCUUGAAAACCCGAAAAGUGUACAUAAGUCCUGGGACUUGUUUUUCCGCAAUGCUAAUGCUGGCCAAGCAUAUGAUCCCCAUGUACCAGAUCAGUUGGAAAGAAAGGCGUCAUUUCUUCAGAGCCAUGGCCUGGCCCAGACACCAAGUAAAGCUGAAAAACUUGUUGAAGAUCAUCUUGCUGUGCAGUCUUUGAUAAGAGCAUACCAAAUCCGUGGCCAUCAUGUCGCUCAGCUAGAUCCUCUUGGGAUUCUGGAUGCAGACUUGGAUUCAUUUGUUCCAUCUGACUUAAUCACUACAAUCGAUAAACUUGGGUUUUAUGGCUUACAUGAAUCGGACUUGGACAAAGUCUUUCAGCUGCCUACAACCACUUUCAUAGGAGGAAAUGAGAACAGUCUUUCUUUACGAGAGAUCAUCAAACGGCUGGAGAAUACCUACUGCCAACACAUAGGCUUGGAGUUUAUGUUCAUCAAUGAUGUGGAGCAGUGCCAGUGGAUCCGGCAGAAGUUCGAGACGCCAGGUGUUAUGAAGUUUACUAAUGAGGAAAAAAGGACUUUGUUGGCAAGGCUGGUGCGCUCAAUGAGAUUUGAAGACUUUCUUGCUCGCAAGUGGUCUUCCGAGAAGAGAUUUGGUUUGGAAGGAUGUGAAGUAAUGAUUCCUGCACUUAAGACCAUCAUUGAUAAAUCCAGUGAAAUGGGAAUUGAAUAUGUUAUAAUGGGGAUGCCUCAUAGAGGUAGGUUGAAUGUAUUGGCUAAUGUCAUCCGAAAAGAGCUGGAGCAGAUCUUCUGUCAGUUUGAUCCCAAACUUGAAGCAGCUGAUGAGGGAUCUGGGGAUGUAAAAUAUCAUCUGGGAAUGUACCAUGAGAGGAUCAACAGGGCAACAAACAAGAAAAUCACUCUGUCCCUGAUGGCUAACCCUUCGCACUUGGAAGCAGUUGAUCCUGUUGUGCAGGGGAAGACAAAAGCUGAACAGUUUUAUCGAGGGGAUACAGCAGGGAAAAAGGUUAUGUCCAUUUUGUUACAUGGGGAUGCUGCCUUUGCAGGACAAGGUGUGGUUUAUGAGACAUUUCAUCUUAGUGACCUUCCAUCCUAUACCACAAAUGGCACUAUUCAUGUUGUCGUCAACAACCAGAUUGGCUUCACCACUGACCCCCGUAUGGCACGUUCCUCUCCAUAUCCUACUGAUGUUGCUCGUGUAGUCAAUGCUCCUAUUUUUCAUGUGAAUGCUGAUGACCCUGAAGCAGUUAUGUACGUGUGCAGUGUAGCUGCAGAGUGGCGAAACACAUUCAAUAAAGAUGUGGUUGUUGACUUAGUUUGUUACCGUAGGAGAGGGCACAAUGAAAUGGAUGAACCGAUGUUCACCCAGCCUCUGAUGUACAAGCAGAUUCAUAAGCAAGUGCCAGUGCUGAAGAAGUAUGCUGACAAACUGAUUGCAGAUGGGACUGUAACACUGCAAGAGUUUGAGGAAGAAAUUGCAAAGUAUGAUAGAAUAUGUGAAGAAGCAUAUACUAGAUCUAAGGAUAAUAAGAUUCUACACAUUAAGCACUGGCUUGAUUCACCUUGGCCUGGAUUCUUUAAUGUGGAUGGAGAACCCAAGAGCAUGUCCUGUCCUCCAACUGGCAUUUCAGAAGACCUGCUGACUCACAUUGGGAAUGUAGCUAGUUCAGUGCCAGUCAAAGACUUCAAAAUACAUUCAGGACUCUCUCGGAUUUUGAGAGCUCGCUUGGAAAUGACCAAGAACAGAGUUGUUGACUGGGCCUUAGCAGAAUACAUGGCUUUUGGCUCUUUUCUGAAAGAAGGAAUCCAUGUCCGACUAAGUGGACAGGAUGUGGAGAGGGGUACUUUUAGCCAUCGCCAUCAUGUGCUUCAUGAUCAAGAAGUUGACAAGAGAACAUGUGUUCCCAUGAACCACCUCUGGGAGCAGCAGGCCCCCUAUACUGUGUGCAACAGCUCCCUUUCCGAAUAUGGUGUCUUAGGUUUUGAACUUGGCUUUGCUAUGGCGAGUCCCAACGCCCUGGUGUGCUGGGAGGCGCAGUUCGGUGACUUCCACAACACAGCGCAGUGUAUCAUAGACCAGUUCAUCAGCUCGGGCCAGGCUAAGUGGGUUCGUCACAAUGGGAUUGUUCUGCUCUUGCCACAUGGCAUGGAAGGAAUGGGUCCAGAGCAUUCAUCAGCCAGGCCUGAGAGGUUUCUGCAGAUGAGCAAUGACGAUUCUGAUGCUUAUCCGGAGUUCAGUGAGCAGUUUGAAGUUUCCCAGCUGUAUGAAUGCAACUGGAUUGUGGUGAAUUGUUCAACUCCAGCCAAUUACUUUCAUGUCCUCAGAAGACAGAUCUUGCUGCCUUUCAGAAAACCGCUCAUCGUUUUGACACCCAAGUCACUGCUGAGGCAUCCAGAAGCUAAAUCCAGUUUUGAUGAAAUGGUGUCUGGUACCACUUUUCAGCGUGUGAUUCCUGAGAAUGGACUGGCAGCUCAUGCACCACAUGAGGUCAAGCGAGUGAUUUUCUGCACAGGAAAAGUAUACUAUGAUCUUGUGAAAGAGAGAAAGAAUCAAGACUUGGAGAAACAAGUAGCUAUAACCAGACUUGAACAGAUCUCACCAUUCCCAUUUGAUUUGCUCAAAGAAGAGCUUGAAAAGUAUCCAGGUGCUGACCUAGUUUGGUGUCAGGAGGAACACAAAAACAGUGGAUAUUAUGAUUAUGUCAAACCUCGUUUCCGCACUAUUGUGAACCACACACGACCCAUAUGGUAUGUUGGCCGAGAGCCUGCUGCUGCAGCUGCCACAGGCAACAAGAACACGCAUCUGGUGUCGCUCAGAAGGUUCUUGGAUACAGCUUUCAACCUAGAGGCCUUUGAGGGAAAGACAUUCUAAAUGCAGGGCACCACCUCGUCUCCAUUCCAGUACUGUCUCAAACCAUUGCAUCCAAAAAGGAAUUAAAAGUGAAUGGGAAAAAUACUGGAAAUUAUGUAAGGAUCCAGCAGCUGACUUCAUUACACUGCACCUUGCUCCCCAGUUUGUAAGAAAAAAAAAUCCAACUUACCUUCCACCAUUUUUUGUCACUUGUCUAUUUAGAUUGGGAACUCUUUGGGACAAGGCAAGCAACCAUUGCUGAUUCACCAAAAGCACAUGCCAUGUUUUUGUACAAGAAGUAAUUGAUUUUUUGUCCUUUGCAUUUACCUGCUGGUCAAUUGCCACGUGCUUUCAGUAUGGACAUAAAAGGGAACUGCCUAUAAGAGCUGUCCCUGUGCCAGGCAGCUGAGGUACAUCGAGUUCAUGAGCAGGUACAUUGAGUUCUGUGGCAGGGAUCAGCCGGGGGUUGCUUUUCUUCUGGGGAGGGAGUGCUUGGCUUCAUUGGUGGCACUGUUUAGUAGGGUGGUCUCAGACUGCUGCUGCUUAUGCUUACUCUGCAGUGCCAGAAAGAGGGUGGGUACAGCUUUCUUCUAGAAGUCCUGUUCCAUCUGCCCCAGGAGAGCUUGGGGCUGGGUGAGCCUCGUGACUGCAGGUUUCUGCAGCACUCUAGGCUAUGUAGUGGCAGGAGACUUCCUCUCUUCUUUGUGCUGGAUGGCCAAGGGAACUGCACAGUUAAGGAAAGAAGUGGUGUAACAGGAAGCAGAGGAAUGGCCAUGCCUGUGUGCAAGUAGGAAAAAGUAACUAUCUGCAGGAGGACCCUAUGCUCCUGCAGUGCCUGAGGGUUGUGCUAGAUCUGCUCAGAACAAGUGACUGGAAAACACAUAGAUGAGACUUCACCCCCGUCUCCAGUUCCCUGUCCUGAGCAUGCUCUUGGGACAUGCUCGUGUUCCUGGCAGUAAGAUUUACCCUGCUGUUGCUAUAUUGGCUGUGAUAUAAUAAGGCUUGACAGUUUAUGCCUGAUGCAAAGAGUCAAGUGAUGCUGAAAAGCUUCUGAUCUUGUCAAAAUAAAAAGCUUUAUUAAAAACUUUGAGUUAUGAUCAUCUACUACUAGUACAAGUAGGUUACCAAAAAGGGUUGUGUACCUCAUACUGUUCCUUCACUUGGCCUGGAGACAGCAAGAUGGUAAAAAUAAAACAAAAUAACAUAAAAUAAAUUCUUCUGCCAGAGCAUUAAAGUGGUGUGAUAAGUUACUUACUAUGGGUUCCAGAACCAAACUUGGCCUAAUAUUUAUGAAAAGCAGUAGCAUCCUUUUAAUUUGGACUAGUUGCAUUGGGCUUUUCUGUCAUUGAAACACUGAAGUUAGUUCAGUCUUUUGAAGCCUAAUGAACUUGGAAAACACGGCAGUUGACACCAGCAAAGGUUGUCUCCUGUCCAUUUCUACAGCUGAAAGCAUUAAGCUGAUAGGCAGUAACCAUCACCCGAAGUAUUUUAAUGCUUUUAGGAGUCCAUGUUUUUGUGGUGAGAAUUGAAUGCAUCUAAAUACUGCUGGCACCAUUUAUUGUAUUCUCAGUCUGUGUAAGGCAGGCCAGUGCUGCAUGAAAAUUGAUAAAUGCACUUAUGCCACAGUAUAUGCAAAGAUAGGAAACAAAAUAAACAUAGAGAUGUAAGUGGUAAAUGGCAGGUUUCAAUUUGCAUUGUGCACCAUAGAUUGUGGUAUAAUAGUUGCAUAAAAAUUCCAUCAAAGAAUGUAAAAAUAAAUAAAUAAAAAUAUGUAAGAAUGAAAUUCUCUGUUAUGCCUGUUCUUUUUGACAGUUUUUCCUCUGAAUGUUGGCAUUAGUAUCCCAUUCGUAAAAGUGCUAGGGCAGCUCAUUCUUCUGUUUUUGUUUGUUUGCUUGGUAGGAGUUUGUUUAAAUUUAGUAGUAAAGACACAGCAUUUGAACUGGAAAAAAAAAAAAAAAAAGAUAGUUACUCAGAACCAUUGGGUUAAAAGUAGUAAUUAAGACUUGGAGGUUAUAUUACAAUAUUUUUGUUUUAUUCUAAAUUAAGGAAUAAAUCAAGUGAACGCAUUUAUGUUCAAAGCAGAAUUUUCAAAAUGAUGGAAUUGAACUGGGUUUCAUUUCUCUAAUUUGUAAACACUGGAAUAAAUUUCUCUAAAUA